AUGGGGCCUGAGGAAGAAAACAAUGAAACAUAUUUCCUCAGUUUCGAUGUAGACAAUGGUACAUCAUCGGGACGAAGUCCCUUGGAUCCCAUGACGAGCCCUGGAUCAGGGCUAAUUCUUCAGGCGAAUUUUGUCCACAGUCAACGUAGGGAGUCUUUCCUUUACCGGUCAGACAGUGACUAUGACCUUUCUCCAAAGUCUAUGUCCAGGAACUCCUCCAUUGCCAGUGAUAUACAUGGAGAUGACUUGAUUGUGACACCGUUUGCUCAGGUUCUGGCCAGCCUGCGUACUGUACGGAAUAACUUUGCUGCAUUAACCAAUUUACAAGAUCGAGCACCCAGCAAACGAUCACCAAUGUGUAACCAACCAUCUAUUAAUAAAGCAACUAUAACAG